AUGACGGAGGAUUUACGCAAGUGCAUCCCAUUAAGCAGUGCAGCACAUGCGCGCGUUCUCGACGCAGUGGAGACACUGACACUUGCUCUUCAUCGACACUGCCGAAAACGCAGUUUGCUUACCUUUGCACUCAGUUAUUUCACGGGCUAUCACUCACUUUUCCGCCGCACAGUGGUGUUGAAUCGCUUUACUCGGAAUUUCAACAUCCUGAUGCGUGUUACCUUUGUGUUGCUUCUCGUUGCGGUCAUGCAGGGUGCGUGCUUUAUCUGUAGCCUUGCCGACACUGGAGAAAUCGUCGAGGUGAAGAAUGCACGAACUGACGCCAGCAACACCCUCAUCGAUAGUGAGAGGCCACUUGUGGCAACCUCAAGGGUAGUGACAUGA